AUGGCCAGGCCACUCUUGAGCCCACACAGCACAGCCGCCGGCGCUAACGAGUUGAGACUCGAGCUGAGAGACUCGAAUGAACACAAACUGAACUCUGGCUCAUGGGAGGACCAAUUGGCUGAGUCGGAGCAGCAGCAGCAGCAGCCACAGCAACUGAAGCAGCAGCAGCAGUCAGCAGCAGCAGCAGCAGCAACUUCAGCGCUUGUUAGCAAGGCAAGUGUAACGACCGCUCAGCUUCAUAGCGCCUUCAGUCGACGCAUUGCCGAGCAGCAGCAGCAGCAGCAGCAGCAGCAGCAGCUGGAGCAGCAGCAUCGCUUGAGAAGCGACUGCAGCAAAGAAGUCGCCACAAUUGCCGGCGGAAGCUUCAGCAGCGCCAACGGUGGCAAUCAGGCUGCCGUUGGUGUUGGCCUGGGCUUGGGCCUCAGUCACGCACGCGGCGUCGGCGGCAGCAGCAGCAGCAGCAGCAGCGAACGCGAUACAAAGUCUCCCUGUCGUCUCGUUGGCGGCGGCGGCGGCGGCGGCGAAGAGUCGUCGUCAACAGCAGCAGCAGCCAUAGGAACACCAACAGCAGCAGCAGCAACGUCGUCCAGAGCGACGGCGCCCACUGUCAGCCACUCGGACGAGGAAGUGCUGACCGAGGAGGAGCAGAGCAGCAGCAGCGUGAGUUCGCUAAGCGCCGGGAAUCAACGCAAUUCCCAAUUGCGUUCCACAUUCAACAAGGCCAAGCAGCAUUUGUCCUUCGACAAAUGGCGCACGGCCAACUCAUCCACCACAUCCUCAACCACAUCCAAUCCAACGCCACCACAAUUGCUACUCAAUUCGGAUCCGCCAACUAACGCCAACAUGAUAAUGCGACGUGCCAGCGCCUGCAAUGUGCCCAGCCCUGGAUCACAGCAGCAGCAGCAGCAGCAGCAACAGCAGCAGCAGCACCGUGAGGAGAUCACCACGCCAGGUGAGUCGCCCACUGUGGGUCGUCUCUCGCGCUGGUUCAGCAUCAGACGCGCCAGCUCGCAUCUCUACGAUGUGGGCGCUCGCCAGUCCUUCGAUAUGCCCGAUGCGGCGGCAGCCAUGAGCAGCGCCAAGUCCAGCCCAGCUGCCAGCUCCGCCGCCGAUGUGGGCUCACCCCAGAAACUGGCCAAUCUGGGCGCCAGCAAAAUGAUGCCCGAUGUGCCAGAGUAUGAAGAUGAUGAAGGCGCCGUCGCUGGCUCCACUGGCGAUGCCGGCGCAACUGGGCGCUAUGACAUGGACCUGAUGCUGCCCUCGGGCAGUCGCGCCAACGGCUCCGCGCGCGCCGUCAACAGUCGCCUAAUAGUUCCAGCUCUGCCCCCGGCUCCGCCCGGCCUCAGCCAGCAGCAGCUGAAGCGUCGCCAUAUCGUGGCCGCCAUCGUGCACAGCGAGAAUUCGUACGUCGCCACGCUACAACGUCUAGUCAAUGAUUACAAGAAGCCGCUCGAGGAGUGCAGUCCGCCGGUGCUGAACAGCGUCAAGAUCGCGACGCUGUUCCAUUGUCUGCCGGACAUUUUGCAUUCGCACAAACUGUUCCGCAUCUCGUUGGCGGAGUGUGUGCGCAACUGGGAUCGGGAUGAGAAGAUCGGCGAUUGUUUCGUUAGCGCCUUUGGCAAGCCGCAGCUGCUUGAGAUCUAUUCCGGAUUCAUUAACAACUUCUCGGUGGCCAUGGAGCUGGCCAAGAUGGAGGAGAAGCGCAAGUCGGCUCUGGCCGAUUUCUUCAAGGUCAAGCAGAUCAGCGCCCACGAUCGUCUCAGCUUCUUCGGUCUGAUGGUGAAGCCGGUGCAGCGCUUUCCCCAGUUCAUUCUCUUUCUGCAGGAUCUGCUGAAAUACACGCCCCAAGGACAUCACGACCGCAUGUCCCUGCAGCUGGCGCUCUCCCAGCUCGAGCUGCUCGCCGAGCUCCUCAACGAGCGCAAGCGCGAGGCCGAGCAGUACCAGGCCUUCAAGGAGAUGCUCGGUCACAUCAGCGGCACCUUCAACACGCGCGCCCUCAGCAGCGUCGCCAGCGACGCCAGCGGCAAUCGCGCCCGCUAUCUCCUGCGCGAGGACAACGUCACCCACAUGGAGUUCAACCAGGCGGGCUCGAUCAUCAAGUGCAAGCAGCGUCGUCUCCUCCUACUCAACGACAAGGUCAUCUGCGUCUCCGUCGCUCCCAAGCAGUCGCACGACUUUGGCGCCACCGAGAAACUCACCUUCAAAUGGAUGUUCCCAGUCAACGACGUCGAGAUCGUCGACAACAGCACAUCGGCCACGCUCUCGCGCAUUCUCACAGCAGGUCUCAAUCGUGGCGGCAGUCUCAAGUCCAAUGCCAGCAACGGACCAUGCAGCAGCGCCUAUGCCAAUGCAACGCUUGGAGCACAUGGAGGAGCUGGAGGAUCGCCGUUUGGGGGAUUCGGGGACUCGCACUCGUCGCCGGCGGCCCAGCUGACCAAUGGGGCGGACAACUUGUGCAACGAGAUGAGCACACUGAUGUACGACUACGAGGUGAUCUCGCGCAUCCACGACCUGGUGGGCUCGCUCAAGGGCAGCUACAAGGAGCUGAACACGAACACGACGCGCAACGUGCUGAACCUCAUCCAGGGCUCGAUACAGCGCAAGGACGAGGAGAUGGCCUGGGUGGACGCCUGCUGUCUGCAGCUGAUCGGACGCCACAAGAGCGGCAAGGAGGAGACCUUCACAUUCCAGACCCAGACGCCCAAUGUGAAGAAGGAGUGGAUCACCGAACUGCGGCUCGCCCAGCUGGCGCUCGAUCCGAACAACUCGCCCGCCUGGGAGCGCUCCACCAAUGCCACCAGCCAUGCCCAGCAGCAUGCCCAGAUGCAGGCGCUGCAUCUCAGCUCCCAACUCUCCGGCGCAUGUGCUGCGCCCCUGGCGGCGGCGGAGCAGCAGCAGCGCCAGUCGCGCAAGAUGCCGCUUUUCGUCAAGGCGAUGCCCGUCUACAGGUCACAGCAUCAAACCGAGGUGCGCUGUGGUUGCUACUACAGCAUCGCCAACGAUACCAAGCAGAGCGGCAAUGCGCGCCGGCGGCACAAGCAGUUGAACUAUUUGUGGAUGUGCAGCAGCGAUGGGAGCUCCUCGCACAUCACUGUGCUCGCCCAGCAUCCGCAGCAGGCGGGCAAUUUGCGCGAGGCGGGCGCCUUUGAUCUCGUGGAGACGCAGGUGGCGGCGCUGGAGUUUGUCAAGGGCGUGGAUCAGGUGCGCACGCGCGAGGAGCACAGCAGCCUGCUGGGCGAUCUCGUCUGGCUGGGCACCGAGUCGCGCCGCCUGCUCAUCUACUCGGCACGCAAUCCGGAGCAGGAGGAGCAGCUGGGCAGCUAUGCGGUGCCGGGUGCAGUGCAGCGCAUUCUCUAUCACUUCGAUGCCGUCUACGUGGCGCUCUCCAAUGCCAGCGUGCUCAUCUAUCGCCGCGCCCACGACGGCGUCUGGCAGCUGCGCGACCCUCAGCUCGUCGCUCUCGGCGACUCCGGUCUGCCCGUGCCCAGUCUGCUGCCCAUCAACAUGAACAUCUACGCCUCGUGCGCCAAUCGCGUCUACGUGCUCAACGCCCUCAAUGGCGAGCUCCAGCGCAGCUUUGAGGUGCACCACGGCGCCAGUCAGCAGGUCAAUCUCAUGGCCCACUCGGGCAUCGGAUUAUGGAUCUCCCUCAAGCACUCCACCAUGCUCUGUUUGUACCACACCGAGACGUUCAAGCAUCUGCAGGACAUCAACAUCGCCUCCAGCGUGCUGCGCCACGACGCCAAGAAGGAGCAGCCAUUGAACAACAGCUCCGUCUAUGUCACCGCCCUGAUGGCCUGCAAGGGAUUGCUCUGGGUGGGCACAAAUGUCGGCAUUGCCGUCACCAUACCGCUGCCCCGGCUCGAGGGCGUGCCCAUCAUCAGCGGCGGCAUCAAUAUGUCCUGCCACGCCCACUUCGGACCCAUCACCUUCCUGCUGCCGCUCAUCCCCAAGGUCUAUCCGGCGUACAAGCCGCCGGCCAUGCCGCUGGUCCCGAGCAUGGGCGACGACCUGCAGCUGCCGGCCAUUGAUGCCGAUCCCAAGUCGGAUCUGGACGAGACCAGCGGCGUCGUGCUGCGUCGCGAUCUGCCCAAAGAGGAGUCGCCCUCAGCCGCAACGGCGGCCACUCCCAGCGCUGGCGCUGCUGCCUGCUCGCCGCGCAGCUCCAAGCUGGACAAGCAGCACUCGCUGGACCAGAGCUUCACCGCCAAGAUUCGCGCCUCGCUGGCCAACUCGCCGGCGUUCCAUCGCAAGCGUUUCCGCGAUCUGGGCGACGCCUCCUCCGCACGCAUGUCCAAGACGCUGCCGCGUGGCCUCGGCUCCUCCGCAGCAGCCGGCGGCGGCGCCAGUGGCGCUCCAGCCAGUAGCAGCAGCAGCUCCGGCGGACAGGCGUACGGGGAGCACGGCUACUGCGAUGUGUACGGGCUGUAUGGCAAGCUGAUCUUUGUGAAGGAGGACUACGAUGCGGAGGAGGGCACGCAGGGCAACCUCAUGGACAUGAUGUACGAGGGCAUGCGUCGCUCCGAUCCCGAGCUGGCCGCCAUACCCGGCAAGGUGUGCACUCUGGAUCGCCGGCUACGCAUGAAGGCGUCGCGUCCGCGCUCGCUGGAUCUGUCCAACUGGUCGGUGGACUCGAAGUCCUCCAGCCUAUACACCUCCUCGGGCAGCGAGGAGAGCAUGGGCAUUCGCCUCUUUGGGGGACGCAGCGUGUCGAGGAACAGCAGCAGCGCCAGUCACAAAACCUCCGGCACCGGCAGCGAUCUGGGCAACAUCUCCGAGAACGGCCUGAUGACCAUAACGGACCAUAUGCCGCCCAAGGAGGAGCCGCUGCUGCCAGCGCAGCCAGCACUCGAGGCGGAGAAGCAAGCGGCGGCGGCGGCGGCGCCGCCUGCAGCGGUGGCCACGCUGAAGCGCAAGCAGAAGCAAAACUCGAAGCAGCAGCAGCAGGCGAGCGCCGACGGGCCGCGUACAGUGAUCACUCUGAUGGGCGGACGCGGCUACUGGCGCCAUGUGUGGUACAACAGCAGCGCCAGCUCGCCCGGCCACAAGAGCAGCGGCUCCAGCUCUGGCUCCGGCUCCAUCUCUGGCGCCGGCGGCAGCAAUGCGCCCGGCUCGAGUGGCGGCGCCAGCUGCUGCUCCCCGCUCACCGCCAACUCCAACGGGAGCGCACAUAGUGGUCUGGGAGAAGAAGUUAUAAUCGCAGGAGCUCGUGUGCUGCUGCACGCUCCAGCAACAGCCGCACCAGCACCAUCCGCCCUGGACCGAGCUCUGGCGUCGCGCCGUCGGCGGCGAGCAGCGGCGCGGGCGCGUUCGCUUUCGCGGCACCAUCCGGGAUCGGGAGCGCAGCGCCGGACCGCCCAGUGGCAGCAUGCUCAGCGCCAGUUUGAAGCGCCUGACCAAGCUCAAGCGCGGCGGCAGCCUCAAGGAGUUCUAGGCCAAAAUGUAUAUAGAACCAAACGCAGCGAUCUAGCGAACUAAGCUCAAGCCCCAACAGCGUGGCGGCAUUACAUACUCUCGAUCUAUCUAUAUCUCUCUCUAUACAUACAUAUAUAUAUAUAAAUGUUAUAUUCAAACGUUGCGUAUACGCAAUGUCAAACGUAGUUGAAUUUAGAGCCCUCAAAAGCGUAUUGAAUGCUUCUAUUUCUUAUUUGUCGCCUGAUUUACAUAUAUAUAAACAUAUAUAUAUAUAUCUGGUAAAUGUUAAGCUUUAAG